AUGUACAAGAAUCAGUUGCAGGAGCUCGCUCAGAGGAGCUGCUUCAACUUGCCUUCCUAUGCCUGCGUUCGUGAGGGCCCUGAUCAUUCCCCGAGGUUCAAGGCGACCGUGACUUUCAAUGGGGAGGCCUUUGAGAGUCCAAGCUUCCACAGCACCCUCAGGCAGGCUGAACAUGCGGCGGCUGAAGCUGCUCUCACUAUUCUCUCCAAGCGUAGCUCAUCCAAAUCGUUGACUUCAAGAGUUCUGGUACCACCCGCGCUCUAUCUCCCUCCUGAUGUUGACUUCCGUUUCCUUCCCAUUUCUCAUUCCCCAGAAGGAAACAUAGUUUUCCUGCCGUUUAAUUUCCUGGAUGGAGUAAGAACAGUGGAUAGAGAAGAACCCUAAUCCCUGAUCCCAUGAAUUCUGCAGACAAUGGAGAUGAACAGGGGGAAGGGGGUCAUUAUAACUGAUAAUAUUAUGGACGAAUUAAUUAAUUUCAUAUGGUGGGAUUUUCCAUAAUCUCUUCUUGUGCUUCAGAUGUUUAGGAACCCACAGUGGGACAAGAACAAGGGGAUGUUGACCAAACAGUCUAGAACUGCGGCUAAUUUACUUGGUUUUCUUCUUUUUUUUAGGGUAGAAAUAACGCACAUUGUUUCUUGAUCAGGUAAUCUUCAUUUGAUUCUUGACCACAAGUCUCUUCACUUUAGCCAUUGACCAGAGGAAAACUCUCUUGAAAACUUUUAGUCAACGCCCUCCAUCUCUUGUCAACCUUAUCGCUUCACUUCAGUGGUUUUUCUCGUUUCAGUUAAAUAGCGUUGGAAAGAACCCAAAAGUCAACGUUUUCAAUCAUCGUUUGUUCAAUGACCCCAUCCACGCUCAUCAGGGAAAAAAGAAGAAAAAAAAUAUCUUACUGUAAAAUACAAAUCGGUGAUUAUGAACACCACCCACACUUUUAGAGAUUUAAUGGUGCAAGAGCACUUGCAGUGGGUUCCUUAGUCUAUCUUCUUCCUCAGUCGGUGGUUGACUUUAUGUAGGGGCACAGUUGACAUUUCACUCUCAUAUUGCAGGAUGAGACUGGAAUAUACAAGAACUUACUCCAAGAGGCUGCCCAAUGGGCCGGCUUGAAUCUCCCUGCAUAUACUACCAUUCGAUCUGGUCCCAGCCGUGCUCCAAGCUUUCUGUGUACAGUUGACCUGGCCGGCGUGAGCUUCACAGGGGAGCCGGCUAAGACGAAGAAACAAGCUCAGAAGAACGCCGCAAUGGCUGCUUGGGCGUCACUGAAACGACGUCAGUUCCCCCUUCAUUCCCUUCACAACUUGCAUUUGAUUUCAUCCCCUUUCAUUAAGUAUGGUGAAGAUCGAUAAGAUCAAUGAUGGGUCAACGCCCCAUAACUUGUAUACCCAUAAGAUGAUUUCUAGACUAGUGGGUGCAGAGAAGGAGAGAGAGAGAAAGAGAGGGGGAGAGAGAGGGGGAGAGAGAGAGAGAGAGAGAGAGAGAGAGAGAGAGAGAGAGAGAGAGAGAGAAUCCUGCUAUAUAUGGUAUUUUUCAUUUGAUUUCUUGCAUGUUUCUGCUGCAGUGCCGAGUUUGCACCCUGCUUCAGCUGCCUCCUCUUCUCCUCCUCAUGAAGAACAGGAGCGGGUCAACAUCGUCCGAGCCCUUGCAGAUCUUCAUGCCUCCAACAGACGCAGAGUCCCCGUGCAGAGUGAUGGGCACCGAGGUGGUCAGCCUGAAGAUCCAGAUUCAUUCGGCGGGGUCUUUCUCCACCCAGUCAACUGCUGGGCAUAUCCCAAUUACUUGCCCCAAGUAGCAUGGUACCCGGUGGAAUCAUACAGGCCUUCUUUGGUCGGUCAACACCCCAUAAGUCAGCAGUUUCUUCCACUUGGGGUUAACGAAGGUAGCUACCAAGAACAGCAUGAGGGGUGGGUCAGCGGCGCAAAGGUCAACCAACGUUUUGGAGACCCUUGCUCCAAUCUUCUGGACUCUUCUGGAACCCUGGAGAUUCAGCUGUCAGAUUUACACAGCCCUUACCGAGCCUCCCAGUCAACAAGUGGCUUUCCGAGGUUGACCCCAAUGGUCAACAAUCCUCCUGUGGCGGCUGGAGCUCACUCUGCCAGUUCAGGAGCUGAGUCACUUGGGCACACGUGGCCGCCUUCUGUUGCACCGGUGAUGAUCAGGACUGCAGUUCCCGCAUGCUCAGCUAGACCCAGGGUGCCAGCUGUGCAGAUUAGGUCGGUGGGACCCACCAUCACUGUGAGGCGGCCACGAAGUGGGGACCCCAAAUAA